AUGUAUCAAUUAAGUCAGACAUGCUAUGCAGAAAAUUAAGGAUAUAAUUCAUAGUAGCCAAGGAGAUACAUCAAAAUGUCUACAAAUAGUGAAAUUUAUUAUGAUUUGGAGAAAAUUAAGAAGUUUGAGGAAGGAUAUGAAAUAAUAGAAUUAAAUGAUGCAUUGCAUCAGGGCAAGGCUUCCCAAUUGCAUACAUGUAGUUGUCACAUCUAAAUUAAGUUACCUCGAUCAAAUGGAUGGAAUACUUGUCUGAACUAGAGAUUGAGUUAAAAGCCAUUCUCUUAGAUAGAGCACUCAUUGUUCCUGAUCUAAAUCAAUAUGUUAACAAGCGUCUCUCACCAAUGAUAGAUGUUACUCUCGAUAAAGUGUAUUGACCUUCUUUCUAACUAGUCUAAUUGAGACCUACAAAUUAAAGAUCUAGUGUUACAUUAAUGAAAUCCUUCUUCUAGUUUAAAAGGUGUCUCUUAAGCUUUGGAAAGAAUAUCCUCAGAUUUCUUUGACACUAUUAAAACGCUUGCAUUCCAUCCAAUGCAAUUCUUUCUAUGAUAGUAGAAUUAGAGAAUUAAGUCUGUAUAUAGACACUAUAAAUGAUUUCUAUGGUGAACGAUUACAUUAUGGUGUUAGUUAUGAAGCUGAAGGCUAUAAUAAUCCCUAUUAAACAGAGAUUUACAAUUCCAAGAACUUUUAUCCACUAAAGGGAGAGAUUUUAGAAUAAUAAAGAAUGAAUUAGGAUGUAUUCACUUUUUCUCCAUUUUAAAGAAUACAAUUACACUAUUUCUAUAAAAAUGGUGGUUUUGCUCUAUUGGAUGAUGCUAUUAGAAAUUUUAAUCUAAAUAAUUUAGAUAUCUUUCCAAUAUUUUAAUAUCUCAAUUCACUUUUAGAUAAAUAAAAAUAUUUGAAUUAUUUCCAUCAUUUUGAAUUUUAGAAUUUGGCAUAAAAAUUAACAGAAGAUGAAAUUAAGAAUUCUAAUAGAGAUACAAUUAAAAAGUUGACUGAAGGAAUUGAGAAUAUGUUUGAUUAAUUUUAUACUUCUUCUUAGAAGAAAGAGUUGAUUGCUUUAUCUGAAAUGAGUGUAUUUUUAUAAUGUUUUCGUUGCACAGCCUUGGAAAAGAGAAUUUAUGGUAUUAAAUUAUUAUAUAACUUUAAGGAUUAUAAUAAUUUUGUGAUAAAAUAAAUACUGCAUAAUCAAAUGAAUUUAUGAGUCAAUAAUAUUUUAUGUAUGAUGAAUGGUAUAAAAAUGAUAAUGUAUUAAAAUACAUUGUAGAUAAUUAAGUAUUUUAAGAGUUAUUUGGAGAAAAAGCUCAUUUUGAAUUGAUUAAGAGAAGUUUUCCAAUUAUUCAAUUUCUAUAUUUACAUCAUAAAUUAAGUAAAGAUGAAAUCUUGUGUAUUCUCAGAUUAGGAAAAGGUAAACAUGAAACAUGGGAUAAUAUGAUAUCUAAAUUACUUACAGAUUUAGCAGAAAUCUUAUCAUUAGAAGAUGUUGAAACAUUAAUAUAAAAUAUAUAAUAAAGUUAGAUUGAUUAAAAUGGACUUAAUUUUAUUAAAAGUUUGGGUAGAAACAAAUAUUUAAGAUAAGAUUUAGAUAAUAAUUAAAAUUAAAAAAUUGGAAAUAAUGAUGAUACUUUUGGAAAAUAGAAUGAGAGAAUGAGUGGUAAAAGAAAGUAUUAAUAAUAUGAAACUAAUGAUAGAGAAAUGGAAGAUAUGGAAUAAAAUAAAAAUGAAACUAUUGAAUAAUUUGAUAGAUAGAAGGCUAUAAAUUUAAAAUCUUAAAUUGUUGAAUUCUUAUUAAAUAUUGUUCAUGAAUAACCAACUAGUGAAAUUGGUUAAUCAGCAUUUACAAUAGCUAUCAAUUUGAUAUGUCAUCAAUUCAAAUCACUUAGAUAAUAAUAUUUAUUAAAUGGUUUUUCUAAUUUGAUUGCAGAAGAGUAACCAUUACCAGUUUGUAAUUACAUAACUGUGUUAUAGAAGAUUAUCUCAUCAUCUUAUCCAUUUGAUAAAUUUAAUAAUUCUAAAGAUGUAUUAAUAUGGAUCUAAGAAAAAUAUGAUAUUAAAUUAAAUUUUUUAAGAGUUAUGGGAAGAGAAAAAUUAAGAUUACUUAAAAGGGAAAGUAAGAAUUAUUUAUAAACAAUUGAAUAAUUUGUUAAAUUUUAUCAAUUUCUUCAUUAAGAUUCAAAAAUCACAAGAAAUUAAUUAAUGAUAUUAUGGAAAUUAUUAGUAGAGAAUGCAAAAUGUGUAGAAGAAAGAGAUCUAUUUUUUAAUUGGGUAGGAGAUGUUAAUAAGAAGUUUUUAGAUUAAGAGGCUAUAGAGUUAUUAUUUAUAUCAACUAUUAAAUGUUCAUCUCUUAGUUAAUCAAUGUUAUAAUGUUUAACAAAUCUUAUUCUAUAUUUUAAUGUUCAAUAUAAAGUAAUGAAAUUGUAAUAUGAUUAAUAUACAAUUAUGGAUGCAGAUAUUAUUGGAUUGUAAGUAUUAUGGAAGAUAUUUAAAUAAUAAGAGAAUUUGGGACCUAAAUUAUAAGAAUUCUUUAUUAGACUAUUAAGAUUUAAAUAAUAAUAGAGUAUUUUAAAUAAAUUAAAAUAAUUAUAUUUAGUAUAAUUAUUCAAUUAAAUUAAUAAUCCUAAUUCUCUAUCAUUAAUAAUCAAAUUAUUAGAAGAUUUUGAAGGAUAUUAAUUGAUUGAAUAAGGGGAAAAGGUAUUUGUAACAAUUGAUAAUAAAUGUAUGAAUGCUAUGCCUCCAAAAAGAUAAGAUAUUCAAUUAUUGAGUGGAUUACCUGUAUUAUAAGCUAAAUAAAUAAUUGGAUAGAAAUUAAAUCCAUCUUUGAAACCAGAUGAAUUUGAUAUAUUUUGUAGAGGAACUCUAUUUGAUGAUAAUAAAACACUUAAAGAUUACAAAGUUAAUUAAAAAUUGACAUUUGUAAUAUCAAAAAGAGAGAUUGCAACAGAUGAAAUUAAUGCAUAUAAUAAUACAACCAAUUAGAUAUAAAAUGAAUAUGUACCAUCUGAUGCAAAUGAUAGAGUUUAAGAGAUUAUGCAAAUAGUUUAAAUAUAAGAAAAAGAUUUUAUUAUUUCUGUAUUGAAAGAAAAGAAUUGGCAAGUAGAAAAUGCUAUAUGUGAUAUUUUGGAUCGUGGAGAUCAAUUACUUUCAGAAUACUAAUAAAAGAAUCCAUAGAUUAAGAAAUAAUAACCUGUAAUGAAACAAUAAAUUGAUGAGAUUUCAUUUGCUUCAUUAAUCUCAAAUAAUUAUAUUGAUCAAUUAUUCAUUCUACUUAAUUAAGGAAAUCAAGAAUAAAAUACUAAGAUUUGGUCUAUCUUAUAAAUGAUUCCUAGAAAUAAAGAAGUAUAUGAAUUAAUUGAAUAAUCAUAAACAGAUUGGUGUAAUCUAUUGUUAGUAGAUAACAAAUAUAAAUUAUAAUAUCAUUUAUAAAUUCUUAAAGAAUAAUUAUAAUGUGAUUUUAUUGAAGAUUAAGAUGAAUAUGAAAAGCGUAAGAAAUUAAGAGAAAACUUCCUACUUUAAGGUGGUUUAAAAUUACUAUUAUUUUAAUUAGACAAUUCAAUUGAAAUCUUUAUCAUAAUUUUAGAUAUAUUCUAAAUUUACUUUUCUGCUUAUUCAAUGAGUAGAUUAAUGAUGAAUUAAAAUGAAUUCUUAUAACUAUUAAAAUUGAAGUAAGCUAUAUAAUAGAAAGAUGAAGAUCCUAAAUUAUGUAGUCUAUUGAGUAUAUAAUUAUAGAAAUAAGAUAAACCAAAUAUUUAAGGAUAUGAUGAAGCAUAUUUACUAUAAUAGGUUUUCUAUAAUUGUGAAUUAGAAGUAGAAUGGGAUGUAUUAUUAGAUGCUCUCAUCUAAAGAAUAGGAGUUGAAUAAGUAUACACAAAUAUCUUAUGUAUCUUAUAUAUGAGACCUUAAUUACUGAAAUUUGAAUUGCCAAUUAAUAGAUUAGUUGAAUUAUUAACUAGUCCAAAUGAGGAAUAACGAAAAAUGACAGCUUAUUUCAUUCUUACUCUUUAAGAUAUUGGAAAGAAGAAUGGUGUUAAUUUAAGUAAUGAUAUUUUAAAGGCAUUAAUAAAAGGAGAAACUUAAUAUGAUGAAUUAUAUCUAGUGAUUGCUGGAUUGAUUGGUUAAGUGAAUGAUUUAACAUUCUUUGAUACUCAUUAAUUGGCUUAAUAGAUUAUAUCAUUAAUUUCAAAUAGAGAAAUUAUUGAAUAAAGAUUUAUUGAAAAUGAAGAUAAAUUAUUGUAAGGCAAUCUAUUAUUAUUGACUUCUUUAUUAUAGGUUGAUUAAAACAUUAAAGUAGAUAUUGAAUUCACAAGAUACUUAUAUAAAUGUUUAUUUGAAAUGCAUAAUGAUUAUUAUAAAUAUCCUGUUUAUAAAAGAAAAUUAACUAGAAAGAGAGUAUUCUAAUUAUUAUUAGAAUUAUGUAAAGAUGAAAACCAUUUAUAAGAGAUCUUACCUUUGAUUUAAAAUCAUCACAAAUUGAAGUUUGAUAUAAAUGAAGUAGAUAUGGAUUUGGGAGUUAAAGGUUCACAUGGUUUUGUUGGAUUAAGAAAUCUUGGAGCUACUUGUUAUAUUAAUUCUCUAUUACAAUAAUUCUAUAUGAAUAUACCUUUAAGAAAAGGGAUUUUGAAUGGGUAGAUCAUGAUUACUGAGAUGAAAGCUCCUCUCAUCUUUGAUAAUAUUAAUGCUAUUGAUUCACCUAUUUUACAACGUAAAUUGACAGAUCAUACUUUACAUUAAUUAUAAUUAGUAUUCAUUCAACUCUAAGAAUCUGUGAAAUAAUAUAUUAAUCCACAUUAAUUGAUUAAAACUUUAAAGGGAUAUGAUGGAGAAGUUAUAAAUGUUCUUAUUUAAUAGGAUUGUAAUGAAUUCUUUAAUUUAAUAACUGAUAAAUUAGAAUAGGAUUAGAAAUUUACUAAUUAAUCAAAUCUAAUACCUUAAAUAUUAGGUGGUACAUUAAUAAAUGAAAUUAAAUCAUUAGAACCUGAUUAUGAUUUUAGAAGAGAAAAUGAAGAACCAUUUUUAACUGUUUCAGUAGAUAUUAAACAUAAGAAAUGUCUUGAAGAAGCAUUAGAUUUAUUUGUUAAAGGAGAUGUUUUAGAUGGAGAGAAUAAAUAUUUAUGUGAAGAAGUAUAAAGAAAGAUAGAUGUUUAAAAGAGAUAAUAUUUUAAGAAAUUACCUAAUACAUUCAUUUUCCAUCUAAAAAGAUUUGAAUUUGAUUACAAUACAAUGUUAAGAAUUAAAAUAAAUGAUUAUUUUGAAUUCCCUUAAGAAAUAAAUAUGUUUAAAUGGACACGUGAUCAUAUAGUUGAAAAUAUGGAAAUUUAAGAUUAAAGUGAUUAUAUGUACAUACUUAAAGGAGUAUUAGUACAUGUUGGUGGUGCAGAAGGAGGACAUUAUUAUUCAUUUAUUCGAGAUGUUGAUAAAUGGUAUGAGUUUAAUGAUAAAGUUAUUUGUCCAUUUAAAAUAGAGAAUUUAAAAACUGAAUGUUUUGGAGGAGGUAAUAAUAAUUUAUCAGAAUGGGGAAUAAGUAAUAGUAAAAAUGCUUAUAUUUUAUUCUAUGAGAAAGUAAAACAUAAUAUUCCUGAAUAAUUAUAUAUGAGAGGUACAAAUGAGGAAUUAUUGAUUUAAUAAGUAAUAAGUGAAAAUACUGAUUAUUUGAAGAAUUAAUUAUUUUGUGCUCAAGAUUACUUGAAAUUCAUUUAAACAUUUGUAUAAACAUUGUAAAUCAAAAAUCAAUUUAAAGUGACUCAAUUAUUAUCUAAAGAAAGUAAUUUAUAUGAAUUGGAUACUCUUCCAUCUUUGAGAAUGAUUAAAUUAUUAACUUUCUUCACUUAUGAAGUAUUACUUAGGAAUAAAGAUUAAUAGAUGUUUUAAUAUAAUAUUUAGAUAUUAAGUGAUAUGUACAAAUAAGAACCAGCUGCUAAUUUCUGGUUUUUAGAUUUAUUAAGAAAUCAAAAAUAAUUAAUUAUUGAUUUAUUGAUAGAAUCUUCAUAUUCAGAUGUUAGAAAUGCCUUUGCAUAAUUGAUUAUUCAAUCAAUAACUAUAAUUAUAGAAUAUGAACAAUAAUAUUUAUUUGAAGAUUCAUGUAUAGGUAGAUUCCUUUAAUUCUAUAUAAAAUCACUUUUAGGAAUAGUAAAAAAUACUCUUAGAAGAGGAACUGAAUACUUUUAAGNUUUAAUUUAAUAACUGAUAAAUUAGAAUAGGAUUAGAAAUUUACUAAUUAAUCAAAUCUAAUACCUUAAAUAUUAGGUGGUACAUUAAUAAAUGAAAUUAAAUCAUUAGAACCUGAUUAUGAUUUUAGAAGAGAAAAUGAAGAACCAUUUUUAACUGUUUCAGUAGAUAUUAAACAUAAGAAAUGUCUUGAAGAAGCAUUAGAUUUAUUUGUUAAAGGAGAUGUUUUAGAUGGAGAGAAUAAAUAUUUAUGUGAAGAAGUAUAAAGAAAGAUAGAUGUUUAAAAGAGAUAAUAUUUUAAGAAAUUACCUAAUACAUUCAUUUUCCAUCUAAAAAGAUUUGAAUUUGAUUACAAUACAAUGUUGAGAAUUAAAAUAAAUGAUUAUUUUGAAUUCCCUUAAGAAAUCAAUAUGUUUAAAUGGACACGUGAUCAUAUAGUUGAAAAUAUGGAAAUUUAAGAUUAAAGUGAUUAUAUGUACAUACUUAAAGGAGUAUUAGUACAUGUUGGUAGUGCAGAAGGAGGACAUUAUUAUUCAUUUAUUCGAGAUGUUGAUAAAUGGUAUGAGUUUAAUGAUAAAGUGAUUUGUCCAUUUAAAAUAGAGAAUCUAAAAAAUGAAUGUUUUGGAGGAGGUAAUAAUAAUCUUUCAGAAUGGGGAAUGAGUAAUAGUAAGAAUGCUUAUAUUUUAUUCUAUGAGAAAGUCAAACAUGAUAUUCCUGAAUAAUUAUAUAUGAGAGGUAUAAAUGAGGAAUUAUUAAUUUAAUAAGUAAAAAAUGAGAAUUCUGAUUAUUUAAAGAAUUAGUUAUUUUGUACUUAAGAUUACUUGAAAUUCAUUCAAACAUUUGUAUAAACAUUUUAAUUCAAAACUCCAUUUUUAGUUACUUAAUUAUUAUCAAAUGAAAGUAAUUUAAGUGAAUUAGAUACUCUUCCUUCAUUUAGAAUGAUUAAAUUAUUUACUUUCUUUACUUAUGAAGUUUUACUUAGGAAUAAAGAUUAAUAGAUGUUUUAAUAUAAUAUUUAGUUAUUAACUGAUAUGUACAAAUAAGAACCUGCUGCUAAUUUCUGGUUUUUAGAUUUAUUAAGAAAUCAUAAAUAAAUAAUAAUUGAUUUAUUAAUAGAAUCUUCACAUUCUGAUGUUAGAAAUGCUUUUGCAUAAUUGAUUAUUCAAUCAGUAACUUUAAUUAUAAAACAUGAAUAAUAUUAUUUAUUUGAAGAUUCAUGUAUAGGUAGAUUCCUUAAAUUCUACAUAUAAUCUCUUUUAGGAAUAGUAAAAAAUUCUCUCAGAAGAGGAACAGAAUAUUUUUAAGUUAUUAAAUAUAUUUUAGUUAGUAAUCAACUCUUAGUGAAACACUUCUAUUAACAAGAAUACUUUAAAUAAGUUUAUUAAUUAUUAUAAGAAUAAGUUACAUCAGCAUAAAUUGGUACAUCAUUUAAAUCACAAUAAUAAUAAACUAAUAAUAUUGAUUAGCCAUUGAUGGUUAUUAGUGAUAUUAUUGCUAAAGUGAUAAUGAGUUGUAGAACAUAAAGUAUGAUUGAAUUAAAUGAAGAUGCUCCAACAUAUUUAUUCAAAGGAUAAAAAGAUUUGGAUAUUGAUUAGUAUUGGUUAAAGAAAUUAUUGGAUAGUGAUGAUUUCAAAAAGUAUAUCUUAGUUAUGAUAUAAUUCCAACCUAAUUUAAUAGAUAUGAUUAAACACAUUUGUUGGAAGGAUUAGAAUAUCAGUUAUCAAGUAAUGUUAUAAAUAGUAACUUAAUUCUUGGAUUAUAAUGUUGAUUGGUAAUAAUUGGAACCUUUUUCAUAGACUAUUGAGUCGUUGUUCAAAAUAAAUGAUGAUUUAGUAGAAAAACGUUUGUAAUGUUUAUUAUGCGAACCUAUAAAGACAAUAUCAUUUGUUAAGGGUUAUUCAAUAUUGAAUGCUAUUAAGUCAUAAUAUGACAUAGAUAAAAAUUAUAGUUUUUGCAUGAUAGCAAUACUUGCAAAUUUAGCAACAUAAGUUAAUUAUGUUGGGGAAUAUUUUAAGAAUAAUAAAGAAAAUUUUGAAUUCUUACUUUGGAAAGCUAGAGAUUAUAAAAAUAUUAUGUAUGGAUUAUAUUUCCCAAGUAUGAAGAUCUAAAAGUCUAUCCAAUAGGUAAUUUAUUAAUAAUAUUUCUAAGUUAUCUGCAAUAUUUGAGGAGGCUGAAAAACCAACAAUAUAGAUUUGUAUUCCAAAAUAAAAUUAAACAGUUUAAGAGGAACCUGAACCAGAAGACUCAGAUAUUCAAGUAUCUAAUCUAAUUGAGCAGAAUAAGACCAAUUAUACUUAGACUAAAGAAGAUUCUAUGGACAAUAACACUCCAUCUGAUAGAGAGAAUCCAACUGAUGAAUUAUCAGAAUGAAUAAUAAUAUAUUAAUU